CGUAUAUUUGCUAAGCCAUCGCAAGAGGCCACGAUAAAACGUGAGCGCAGUAUCGAGAGUCAAGAGAUUCUCCGGUCGCUGACUCAGUCAGUUUGACUUGAAUGUUCGCACGAAACGGUUCAUGCAAGUUUCUCUUCCGUUGAUAGAGAUUUUUUAUUUUCGCAAAAUUUGUCAAAAGUACACGCUAAAUCAUAUAUUCGUUUGGAAUUAGUAUUAAUUUUGAAGAAAUAAUUUAAUCUUUCGCAACAGUGGAAUUAUGGAUCAUAUAUAGAUUGAGCAAUAACAUUUAAAAGUCGCGGUAACCCGCGACUCUUAUAACGUCACGUGGUAUUAAACCUUAUUGACCGAUGUAUUUGAGAACUUGGAUUGGUCAAGUCUGGGCACGUGACCCGUUCUAACGUCAAUUUGGGCUACCGUCUGCUGGUAGUCGGGUGGAUUUCUCAUCAAAUCAUUUAUGAGAACAAAGAAUUUUAAUUUUGAUUGAGUUUUGCAAGUGUAAUCUAUUGAACUUGUUUGUAAUUUUGAACGUGCUAUUCGUUUAAUCGUGCAUUUUGAUGCACAAUCUACGUAAUAAACUUAUUAUAGAUACACGCUCGAAGUAUUUGCCCGGCUUCAAAUUCUUGACAGUUCUGCAUCUUCUCGUAACGGUAACUAACGGUAUUAGAUUUUAUUGAAACACUGUUCAAUUAUAGUUUUUGAUUUAUUUGAACAAAAACUAAUAAUAACUUUCAUCGAUUUUAAUACCAUUAAAAAAUAAUGAUUCGAUGUGGUUAAGUCAAUUUUCAUAUUGGAUGUAUUUGAACUCGGUGUUUUUCGAGAAGAAAGACUAAACAAAUACAUUUCUUCAAUUUCGCGGCAAUUUUUAAGUAUUUUGAAAAUCACACAUCACUGUAACGCGGUGAAAUAUUUUAACGAGAAUAUAUUUUGAGUGUGGUUCAACGAUACGUUAGUAUAAAAUGUACAGUAUGAACUACAUUGGGAAAUUCAUAAGUAACUUUCGCGUUUUCUACAAUGAAAUUAACGCGGCGACACUCACUGGUGCUAUCGAUGUUAUUGUCGUCGAACAACCGGAUGGAUCAUUUACUUGUUCACCCUUUCAUGUUCGUUUUGGAAAGCUCGGUGUUCUUCGUUCCAGAGAAAAAGUAGUGGAUAUAGAAAUAAAUGGAGAACCUAGACAAAUCCAUAUGAAGUUAGGAGAUUCUGGAGAAGCCUUUUUUGUUGAAGAAGUUAGUUCUCAUGGUUCUCCGACUGAUACUGAAAUUCCACCUCAUUUAGCUUGUUCCCCUAUACCUGAAGAUAAUUGUUUUCCAUCAUCUAGAUUUAAUAUUCUUUCUGAUCUUCCUUCAGAACAGAGAGAUAAACUUCUCAUAGAAUCUAUUUUGUGUAUUGAGAGAGAAAAAUGGGAACAAAUGUCAGCUUUGCCUCCUGAUGAAAGAGAAAAAUUUUUAAAUGAACAAUUCUCUGAUGUUCCAUCAGAACAUCGUGCAAAAUGGCUUCAAAUUGCUUCUUUAACACCAGAAGAAAGAGAAGUGCAAAGACAACAAUUAAUUCGCGAACAAUAUUCUGCUUUAAAAACUGAAGAUAAAGAAAGAUUAUUUAAAGAAAAUUUUCCUGAACUUCCUAUAGAUCAAAGACAAAAAUUUGAAAAAGUAUUACUAAGUGAUUGGAAGGAAAAAAAAAAUGAAAAACGAAAUUCCUUAAAAGGCGAAGAAGAAAUUUUUGAUAUGGAUGGUAUUAAUGAUGAUGAAUCAUGUCCAACUGCAUCAACUCCUAAAUCUUUUGUAGCUGUAACUUCGUCUGAAAGAAUUCGAAAAAUUAGUGUAGUAAAAAAUGAUUUUAGACCGAUUACAGAAGAUAUGCAAAGUAGCGGUAGAGAAAAAUCGAGUGAUGAAUCGAACGCAUCGAUGAGUAAAAAAAAUUCAAAGGACGAAAGUGUCGAAGAGAAUAAAAAUAAUAGUAAUUCAACCAAAAGGAAACGAAAGAGGAAAAGCAUUUUGAGAAAAAAAGGAUCUCAGAGAAAGAGUAGCAAUGGUAGUAGUAGCCAGACAGAGAUUAGUGAGAACGAUGCAUCUAUCCCAGAUGAAUCCUUUGGCGAAUCUAUGGUAAAAGAUUCUACUGCUGAAUUAGAAAACAAGAAUGAAUCAGUUAUUUCGACUCAAGAAACAACAGAUAAACGUCCUGAAACAGACUUUCAUUUCUUCAGUGACACUGAAGUUACAAAGAAUCAGGAUUCUAGGCCAUGUUCACCUGUUCAAUCUGACACAGAAUUUGAAAUGCGUAAAAUAACACAAGAAGGUACUGAACGAGAGGAUGAUAAAAGUCAUCAACAGAGCUGGAGAUGGGGUGAACUGCCUAGUUUGCCUCCAGAUUCAACACAUACACCUCACAGAAAUUCAUUGAAUUCAUCAAAAGCUGUUAAUCAACCAAACAGUAUGGAAGCACAUCGAUCUAUGCUUAGUGGUAUGUUGUCCUUUAUGCGAAAAACUUCUCGUGUAAGACGUAAUCCUGAAUUAGAAGGAAUUUAUCUUAGUGAUCUUAACGCUGACGAGUUAGAUCCGGAAGUUGCAGCUCUCUAUUUUCCUUCUUCUCAUAGAGGUCAAUCAACAAAUAAAGAUGGAAAAGGAAUAGAUGAGGAAGAUACUGAAUCAGGUAAUGGACCAAGUUUACCACAAAGUCCUAAUAGCGUUGAAGGAGCAAUUGGUGGACCAAAAUCAUUAGACAGUGAUUUUGAAGAACCAAAACAUUCUAUAUUUGACAGUAAUAUGAAUAUUAGUAUAUCCUUAUGCGGUGGUUUAGAUUCUGAAACUGGUCCUUCCAAAGAAAUUUUUCAUCAAAAUUUACUUCAUUUUGAAGAUAUUUGUUCGGAUCCGAAAUUAUAUGAAAAUCCAAAUUUAGUUGUAAAAAUUAAUGAAAAAUUCUAUAAUUGGACAACUGCUUGUUCAAUUAUAAUGACUUAUGCUAUAUUUCAAAGACAUUUACCACAAAAUACAAUCGAAAAUUUAUAUACACAAUGUAUGCCAUUACCAAUGCAUGAACAAAAAAAACAAGAAAAUACUGGCAAACCAGAAGGCCGUAGUGGUUACAGUUCAUGGUUUUCAUGGAGACGGUCUACACAACCGCCUAAAAAAUCUCAAGAACUUAAUCAAACUGAUGGAACUGUUAUUCAAUCUUCAGAACAAAUAGUAGAAAUGAAAGAAAAUACUCAAAUUGAUGAAAUUUCAAAUAGAGAAUUAAAAAUUGAUCAGAAUAUAGAGUGUAUAACGGAAACAGUAGAACAAUGUACGAAAUUAACAAAAGAUAUCGCCAAAACUGAAAAAAAUAGCGAAAGGGAAGGUGAAGGUUAUAGCGGUAGUGAAGAUUCUGAUAGUAAUCAAAAUGAAUCACAAGGAGUUAAAAUACCUAAAGAAAGAAGAUCAUAUUAUGAAUCUACUGAAAAAUAUCGAAAAACUUUGAGAUUAUCAUCUAUACAAAUAGCUAGUCUCAAUUUAAAAGACGGAGCUAAUGAAGUAGUUUUUAGCGUAACUACAGCAUAUCAAGGCACUACACGUUGUAAAUGUCAUAUUUACAAGUGGAAAUGGGAUGAUAAAAUUGUUAUUUCUGAUAUAGAUGGAACCAUUACAAAAUCUGAUGUGCUAGGUCAUAUUUUGCCAAUAGUUGGUAAAGAUUGGGCUCAAUCUGGUGUUGCUCAAUUAUUUACAAAAAUUAAAAACAAUGGUUAUAAAUUAUUAUAUCUUUCUGCAAGAGCGAUUGGACAAGCUAAAGUUACAAGAGAAUAUUUAAAGAGUAUUAGACAAGGAGAUUUGUCACUCCCUGAUGGACCAUUACUUUUAAAUCCAACAAGUCUAAUUUCAGCAUUCCACCGUGAAGUUAUAGAGAGAAAACCCGAAGAAUUCAAGAUAUCAUGUCUUAGUGACAUUCAAGCUUUAUUUCCAGAAGGUUCAAAACCUUUCUAUGCUGGUUACGGAAACCGAAUUAAUGAUGUUUGGGCAUAUCGAGCUGUAGGAAUUCCAACUAUGCGUAUAUUUACUAUAAAUCAUAGAGGCGAAUUGAAACAUGAACUAACGCAAACAUUCCAAUCUUCAUAUUCAAAUAUGAGCUUUAUUGUCGACCAUCUUUUCCCAGCUUGGAGAGAGGAUGCUGCGGAUGAAUUUAGUAAUUUUGUAUAUUGGCGAGAUCCAAUACCAGAAGUACCAUCAUUGGAAGAACUAUAUACUCAAAGACAAAUCAUAUAAGUAAAAAUAUUUUACUUAGAAUUUUUAUUCUAAGAAAAGAACAGAUACAUUUUAUUUAUAAUUAGAUAAUUAUAGUUUUUUCUUAAUCACUUUUUAUAUUUCAUAUGUUAUAUAAUCAAAUGUAAAAUUCUUGAAUUUUAAAUCGAUGCAAUUCUGAAAUAGAUUUAUAUAAGUGAUUAUAGGCUUAGUAGAUAUGUUUUAUUUAUUGAUCAGUAGACUCUGAAUAACGUUAAAUGCAUAUAAAAGUAAUUUAUUAUCAAUACAAGUGAUACAUGAAUCAAUGUUAGAAGGAGAAUAAGUAUUUUACAUUGAAUUUAAUUACAUUCCAAUUCUCAGAAAUAGAAUAAUAGCAGGGCUAUGUUGUUAUCAAUAACAUUAAAUUAGCUUUCAACGUAAUUUAUAGUAAAAUUAUUAUAUUAAAGGAUAUGAUAUAUUUCAAUAAGAAUUAUUGCACUAUUAUAUGUUUCAAGAAGAGUUCAAAUCGCUUAUAUGCUGUGCUUAAAAUAAUUUUUAUAGAUAGAUCUUUCUAGAUCUUAGAUAUAUAUUAUGUUAUUAAUCGAUAAUUGAAAAUGUAUGAUACUAAUAUAAUAUCGAUUGUAAUAUGGUGAUAAACAUGCAUAUAAAAUAAUUUAUGAGUUCAUUCAUACAAAAAUCAUAUUACAAAGUUUCAUUAAUAAAAAAAAAGUAAAUAGCGUAAUACAUAUACAUGAUUUUUCUAAUAUAUAUUUCAUCAAAAAUUUCUUUUAGAAUUAUUUAAUUGUAAUCACCAUAGUACAUAAAAGUUUAAUGUUUUGUAAUAUAAUUUAGAUAUCUAUUACUUUAGCUGAUAUUUUUCUCGAAUUAAUUUCGUUAAAGAAAUCUUAUUUAUUUUUAUAUGAGAUCUCUGUUGAAUUAGAGUGCUGUGAAAUUGCCAUAUUCUAUAAUGUAAUCAUUUGUGUAUUGUGAUAUAAUUCAACAAAAUACUAAGGAGGUCAGGACGAUAACAGUGUAUAAAAGCAAAUUCGUUAUUUACAUUAACAAUGGAAAGUAUGCCUAGUUUCCUAUAGAAAAUUAUUAUUAUUUGAAACUAUUUAUAAGUUCCAUUUUAUUAUGUAAAUGUAUUUUAGAAUGGUCAUUUUUUUCUUUUUCUUUUUUUUUUUUACAAUGAUAUAUUUUAUGCCUAUGUCUUUCAAACUAUACCAUCUAAAGAUAAUUAAGUAUAAUAAUUAUACUAAGUAGCAUAGAUUUUCUGUUGAUAAAAAUAGCACAAUAAUAUAUCAUUCAUUUUAAUAUCUAAUUAUGUUUUUUAUAAUAUGCAAAAGUACAAUUAUGUUCUACCAAAGAAAACUGAAGAAUAGAACCGAAAAUAUUUUGAGUUUCGUACUCAUUAAAAAUAAGUAUACGUUAAAAGUAGGAUGUAAGAAUUUUUAUUACUUGAAAAAUGAAUAUUAGUGAAGAACAUUGAUAUCCUGACACUAACAACAUGACAAUGCUAAAUGCAAAUUAUUUGACGAUGCAGUAUUGUAUUCCAAUUAUAUAGCUUAAUAUUAAAUAUUUAAUAAAAUGGUAUAACUUCAAAAAAAAAAGAGAGAGAAA